GAAAUCAGGUACAUGUACCUGAGGAUUAGGGAUGACUUCCCGCAUCAUCAGGUACAUGUACCUGAUGAGAAUAAACUGUCACAACGCCGCCGGGCACUGUGACCGUUUAAUGAGCUCGGCUGUGCUGCACAGCCAAGCCUCCCUGAAGCCGGCCAGGGACCCCCGGCCGGCGAUCGCUCCUAUUGGAUACUAUGCCAGGCUUGUGGGACGAUCCAGAAUGAAAUAUAAAAUAAUGCCUCCGGCAGUCACUGGGCCUCCUGAGUUUGAAAGGACAUUCCGUGCACAACAGAACUGUGUGGAGUUCUACCCCAUAUUUCAGGUGGUUUUGUGGAUUGCUGGCUUAUUCUUCUAUGAAGAGGUGGCUGCAGCCUUGGGCUUACUCUAUAUACUUGCACGUCAUCUCUAUUUCAACGGUUAUGUGACAUCCUCUCAGGGCCGACUCCCUGGAUUCUACCUCAGUCUUUUCUCAUUGUUCCUGUUGCUUGCUCUAGCUGCAUUUGGGGUUGCAAAAAUCUUUCUAAAAAAAUACCUGGAUGUGAAAAUUUAAAAACUCAUCAUGCAUUCUAAUCAUAGCAAUUGGUAUCCAAAUUUAUGUUUGCAUUAUUUUACAUUGUCUAUAAAAUACAUGUUGUAAAUGUACCAUUUAUAUUUCAAUAAAUAA